GGCUGCUAAAUGUCUGUGACCAGGAAGAGCUGAAGCAGGGGGAGCAGGAUGGCAGCUCGCCACUGGGAGAAGCUGGAGGAGCUGAUCCGCAGGUACAAGGAGUUCGUCGUCCAGAACCCCACCGGGGCCACUCAGCUGGAGGGGGGCGUCCGCAUGCUGUCCUACCUGAUCGCAGGGCGAUUCACGGACUCCCACGAGCUGUCUGAGCUGGUUUAUUCAUCUUCCAAUCUUCUGGUGUUACUGAAUGACGGGAUCCUAAGGAAAGAGCUGCUGAAACCUCCCCCCACUGACGGUCCCCGGCAGCGCCUGCUCAACUGGCUCGGAGUCUUGGAGAGCCUAGAGGUCUUCCUUGAAAUCGGGUCGGCAAGAGUGUGGGGUGAUCGGACGAAAUGGGUGGCCAUUCUACUUAUCCAGCUGCUCAAGGCCUGUCUACGUAUAGUGCUUCUAUUCUGGUAUAAAUCUGGCAUACAGAAUUCUCCUCCUGUUACUCCUGUGGACCGAGGAGGUCUGAACUACCCAGGAGAAGAGGACCACGGCAAACAGGACACUUACUUUGUAGGGAAGCGCACAAAACGUUGCGUGCGGUCCCUGGAUAAUACUCCCUCCGGCCGCAGUCGGUUUUGGCGAAGCCCUCAGGUUCUAGAUGGAAAGCAGGGGAACGGUCCAGAUGACGGCAAUGCAUCACCCACCGAGUUUGGGACUCUGGGCGCUUUAGCGGAAACAGUUCACAUACUGCGCCCAAUCACUCACCUGGCAGGCUUAGCUGUGUGGGGUCAGAAGUCCUGGAAGCCGUGGCUCCUGGCAGCUGCCUUGGAUGUCGGCAGCCUGUCUAUAUUACGUGAUAUCCCAGAUCUGAGCCGCAGGGAACGCGCAGAGCUGAGGCGCCGGACCCUCCUCCUCCUCUAUUACCUGCUGCGGUCACCAUUUUACAACCGAUAUACAGAAAUUCGGUUGCUCCUCCUCCUGCGCCUUCUAGGGGAUUACGUCCCAGGACUCGGGCUGGUGGCACGUCCCCUCAUGGAUUACCUCCCCGUCUGGCAGAAGAUUUACUUCUAUAACUGGGGCUGAGGACGUCCUGCCGGGUUACGCAAUCUGCAGCUGGGCUCUGCUGGUGGGUUUCCCCACAGGCCGGACAAAGCAUGGACCAUCAUCCCACGUACCACGAUGGGUGCCGAUCAUGGGACACAACGGCCAAAUGGUCGUACACGGAAGUGUGACUUUUUUUUUAUUACUUCA